GAAGAAAAAAAUACCAAGCGAGCGCUUUGUUUACUUCCGGGUUCUAACAGGAAGUACACCCGGUCUGCACCGGAAGUGGCCUGUAAGCUGGCGCUGCUGCGGGCAGGCUCCUCUCAAAAGGCGGCUUCUCCCACACCCUACAUUGCUACUAUUUGGCCGUCUGAGCGUUCAUUUGUACAGGGAAUGAAGAAUGGCCGUGGCGUUUGGGAAGCUUGCGGUUGGCACGUAUGUGGAAAUAAAGCGCAGCGACGGACGCAUACACGAGGCAAUGGUGACGUCCCUGAACGAGAACAAUGAGAGCGUCACAGUGGAGUGGAUAGAGAAUGGAGACACAAAAGGGAAAGAGAUUGAUUUGGAGAGUAUAUUUGCACUUAACCCAGAUGUGGGUCCAGAUGAAGAGAUUGUCCGGAGUCCGGAGACUCCGCCCCCAAUUACAGGCGUUAAGGUCAAUAAAAUAGCAAAGAAUCGUGGGACAAUAGCACCUUCAAAGAUUGACACUCCGUCCAGAGACAGUAGAGUGAUUCCGACGCAGGCCCGACCCCAUCCGUCUCAACAUGCUGAAUCAGCACUACCCCCUCCGUCCCAGCCGACUCAGCCCACGCAAGCUGCGACACAGCAGCAGCUUCAGAAUGAGUCUUUUCAUCAACCUCUAACCAGAAGGGAGAUUGGACAGCUUUCCAGGAGGAAGUCAAACUGCGUGAAGGAGGUGGAGAAGCUGCAGGAGAAACGGGAAAAGCGUCGGCUGCAGCAACAGGAGCUCAGGGAGAAAAGGGCUCAGGAGACGGACACAACCAUUCCUAAUUAUGAGAUCAUGUGCAUGAUUCGAGAUUUCCGUGCCAGCCUAGACUACCGACCUCUGACCACGGCAGAUCUGAUCGAAGAACACAGAAUAUGUGUGUGUGUGAGGAAGCGUCCACUGAACAAAAAAGAACUCACCAUGAAGGAUUUAGAUGUGAUCACAAUCCCCAGUAAGGAUGUGGUGAUGGUGCAUGAACCUAAGCAGAAGGUGGACCUGACGCGCUUCUUGGAGAAUCAGACCUUCCGCUUCGACUACGCCUUCGAUGACGCCACCAGUAACGAGAUGGUUUACAGGUUCACAGCAAGACCUUUAGUAGAGACCAUAUUUGAGAGGGGCAUGGCCACUUGCUUUGCCUAUGGCCAAACAGGAAGUGGUAAAACUCAUACAAUGGGUGGAGAUUUUUCUGGAAAAAACCAAGACUGUUCUAAAGGAAUCUAUGCACUGGCUGCUCGGGAUGUAUUUCUCAUGUUGAAGAAACCCAAUUACAAGAAAUUAGAACUACAAGUGUACGCAACCUUCUUUGAAAUCUACAGUGGAAAGGUGUUUGACCUGCUCAAUCGCAAAGCCAAACUGAGGGUGCUGGAGGACAAGAAACAACAAGUGCAAGUUGUGGGGCUUCAGGAGGAGGUGGUAAAGGGUACAGAGGAUGUAUUGAGACUCAUAGAAGUGGGCAACAGCUGCAGGACAUCGGGGCAGACAUCUGCCAACGCUCACUCGUCUCGCAGCCACGCUGUCUUCCAGAUCAUUCUUCGGCGGAAGGGCAAGAUGCACGGCAAGUUCUCCCUCAUCGACUUGGCCGGAAAUGAGAGAGGCGCCGAUACUUCCAGCGCCGACCGCCAGACUCGCUUAGAGGGAGCGGAGAUUAACAAAAGCCUGCUCGCCCUCAAGGAGUGCAUCAGGGCUCUGGGCCGUAACAAACCACACACUCCAUUCCGAGCUAGUAAGCUCACGCAGGUCCUACGAGACUCCUUCAUCGGUGAAAAUUCACGCACGUGCAUGAUUGCAACAAUCUCCCCCGGCAUGACAUCCUGCGAGAAUACCCUCAACACGCUGCGCUACGCCAACAGAGUGAAGGAGUUUGGAAUUAGUCCGUCAGACAUCCCCUUCUCUCAAGGUGGUCAGGGGAGUCGCCCUGAGCACUCCCCCACCAAUACCUUUGACUUUGAUGACUUUGCUGCUACUCCCCCCGGCAGGGUGAAGGAGCUCACCGUGGACACCAACCAGGUGAUGGAGGGAGGCCGUGCUAACAUCCAUGUUGUCAACCAGCUGGACUUUUUAGAAGAGGAGUGGCAGAACAGUUCUCCACAGAGAGACGACCUCAAACUGCUCUGUGAGCAGAAUGAGGAGGAGGUGUCCCCGCAGCUCUUCUCCUUCCACGAGGCUGUAUCUCAGUUGGUGGAGAUGGAGGAGCAAGUCUUGGAGGAUCAUCGUGCUGUUUUCCAGGAGUCCAUCAGGUGGCUGGAGGACGAGAAGGUGCUGCUAGAGAUGACAGAAGAGGUGGACUACGACGUGGAGUCGUACGCCACCCAGCUGGAGAAGAUCUUGGACCAGAAGAUAGACAUCCUGACCGAACUUCGAGAUAAAGUGAAGUCUUUCCGGUGUGCUCUCCAAGAGGAGGAGAAGGCCAGCAAGCAGAUUGACCCCAAGAGGCCACGUGCUCUUUAGAGACUGAUGAGGAUGCAGGAAGUCCACCACUAGAUGUUUGCCUGUGAAAGCACAAAUUUAAAAAAAAAAAAAAGGACUGAUGUUGGAACAGGCUGAAACAUUUGCAGCGGUUGUGAUCCUUAUCAAUAGAAGAUGGCAGGAAAUAAAGGAAAAUAGUUGUUUUCUUUCUGA